AAUGGGAAAAUUGUAAGAAAUACUCUUAUAUAAGUUUAAAACCAGGACGUUUGAUUGUUAUGCUUGCAGGUAGAUAUGCAGGAAAAAAAGCAAUUUUAAUUAAGGCUAAUGAAGAAACUACAAAAGUAUAUAUAAAAAAAAUAGUAUAGGAUUGCAAAUUUCCAAAUGGUUUGGUUGUAGGAAUACAAAGAUAUCCAAGAAAAGUAACAAAGAGAAUGGGAUAAAAAUAAAUUAGAAAGCGAACCACAUUAAAAGUGUUCAUUAAACAAUUAAAUUUAAAUCAUAUAAUGCCAACAAGGUUAUUAAAUAUAAUUACCUAUUUAUAGAUAUAGAUUAGAAGAAUCAACAUUAAAAGAAGUCAGAGAUAGAAUUGAGAGAGUCAAAGAAUCUGAAUUGAAGAAUGUUGAAAAAAGAAAGGAAUUGAGAAAGAAUUUAAGAAAGUAUUUGGCUGAAAAGUACAGAACCUUACCAGCUGGAAGUUUGGCAGACAAAAAAGCAUAAUCAAGAUUCCUGUUUUCUAAGUUGAGAUUCUGAU